AUGUCUUUUCAAGUUUCAGCAGUAGUAGCUGAACCAUCCCAAAAUGCUAUGCCAGAAACUAAUCGUCGCUCAGCAAAUUUUUGUCCUAGCAUUUUGGGUGACCAUUUCCUUAUAUAUGCUUUCGAUCAGUUCUUGGAAACUGAUGAGAAAAUAAAGCAACAAGUUCAGGAAUUGAAGGAAAAAGUGAGGACGAUGCUAAUCACUCCGAGUGAAAAUCCUUCACAAAAACUAAACUUGAUCGAUGCAGUUCAACGCUUAGGCGUGUCUUACCACUUUGAAAAUGAGAUUCAAGAAAUUUUGCAGCAUUCGCACAAGACUCUUCAUGACCUUAAUGAUCAUGAAAAUAAUGAUGACCUUUACACUAUUGAUCUCCAGUUUCGACUACUUAGACAACAGGGUUAUUACAUUUCAUGUAACAAAUUUGCCAAGUUCACAGACAGCAAAGGGAAGUUCAAGGAGUCACUUAUCAAUGAUGCGCGAGGAAUGUUAAGCUUGUAUGAAGCCGCACAUCUUAGAGUGCAUGGGGAAGAUAUACUAGAUGAAGCACUUGUCUUCACUACUACCCAUCUUGAGGCUGUAGCACCCCACUUAAGCCCUCCUCUUGCAACAGAAGUAAGUCAUGCCUUAAAGCAGCCUAUCCACAAAGGACUACCAAGGUUAGAGGCAAGGCAUUACUUUUCUAUCUACCAAAAAGAAGGUUCACAUAAUAAAAUCCUUCUUACCUUCGCAAAGUUAGAUUUCAACAUAUUACAGAAAUUGCACCAAAAAGACCUUUCCGAGAUUACAAGGUGGUGGAAAGACUUAAACUUUACAAGUCAGCUUCCGUUUAUCAGAGACAGAAUAGUUGAGUGCUACUUCUGGAUAUUGGGAGUGUGCUUCGAGGCUGAUUGUUUCCUUUCUAGGAGGAUACUAACCAAAGUUAUUGUCAUGACCUCCCUUAUUGAUGACAUAUAUGAUGUGCAUGGCACACUUGAAGAACUUGAGCUCUUUACUCAAGCAAUUGAGAGGUGGGAUAUUGGUGCUAUAGAUCAACUUACGGAGUACAUGAAAGCGUGUUACCUGGCACUCCUAGACAUUUACAGUGAAAUUGAUCAAAAAAUAGGCGAAGGAAGAUCAUACCGCAUUAAAUAUGCAAGAGCAGCAAUGAAAAAUCAAGUUAGAGCUUACUUUCAAGAAGCCAAAUGGUUACAUCAAAAAUACAUACCAACGGUCCAUGAAUAUAUGCAGAUUGCCACAAUUUCCUCUGGUUACCCGCUGUUAGCAACCACAUCCUUGGUUAGAAUGGGAGAUAUCGUUACAAAAAAUUCAUUUGAGUGGUUGGUCAAUGACCCUAAAGUAAUCAAGGCUUCAUCAGUGAUUGCUAGACUUAUGGAUGACAUAGUGUCACACAAGUUUGAGCAAAAAAGAUGGCAUGUUGCCUCAGCUGUUGAAUGUUAUAUGAUACAACAUGGUGCCAAAGAAGAAGAAGCAAUCGAAGAAUUACGGACACAAGUUACAGAUGCAUGGAAGGAUAUAAACGAAGAGUGCCUUUACCCAACCACUGUUCCUAUGCCCCUUGUGAUGCCAAUUCUCAACCUUGCACGUGUGAUUGAUGUCAUAUACAAGGACGAAGAUGGUUACACAAAUGCUGGGAUUGUUCUCGAAGAUUUUGUGGCUUCUUUGCUUGUUGAGCCUGUGCCCUUAUGAGCAUGGAUCAUCAUUUGCAACAGAUCAAGAUUUGAAAUGGUUACAU